AUGCAUAGCAAGGUUGUCGUCAUUGGAUCUGGCCCCGCGGCCCAUACCGCCGCCAUCUAUCUGGCCAGAGCUGAGCUGAAGCCUGUCCUGUAUGAGGGCUUCAUGGCAAACGGCACCGCUGCCGGUGGCCAAUUGACGACGACGACCGAGAUUGAAAACUUUCCCGGUUUCCCCAAGGGCAUCAUGGGCCAGGAGCUGAUGGACAACAUGCGCGCCCAGUCCGAGCGCUUCGGCACCGAAAUCGUCACCGACACCGUCACCAAGCUCGACCUCUCCUCGCGCCCCUUCAAGUUCUCGACCGAGUUCAACCCCGACGAGACGCACACGGCCGACUCUGUCAUCAUCGCCACCGGCGCGUCGGCCCGCCGCCUCGACCUCCCCGGCGAGGACAAGUACUGGCAGAACGGCAUCUCCGCCUGCGCAGUCUGCGACGGCGCCGUGCCCAUCUUCCGCAACAAGCCCCUCUUCGUCAUCGGCGGCGGCGACUCUGCCGCUGAGGAGGCUACCUUCCUCACAAAGUACGGCUCCCAUGUCACCGUGCUGGUGCGCCGCGAUGUUCUUCGCGCCAGCAAGGCCAUGGCCACGCGCCUGCUCAAGCACCCCAAGGUCACGGUGCGCUUCAACUCGGUCGCCACCGAGGUCAAGGGCGGCGACGACGGCCUCAUGAGCCACCUGGUCGUCAAGAACGUCGUCACCGGCGAGGAGGAGACGGUCGAGGCAAACGGCCUCUUCUACGCCGUCGGCCACGACCCGGCCACCGCCCUCGUCAAGGGCCAGGUCGACACCGACUCCGAGGGCUACAUCGUCACCAAGCCCGGCACCACCGAGACGAGCAUCCCCGGCGUCUUCGCUGCCGGCGAUGUCCAGGACAAGCGAUACCGCCAGGCCAUUACCAGCGCCGGUACGGGCUGCAUGGCUGCUCUGGAGGCGGAGAAGUACAUCACCGAGAUGGAGUAA